CCCCCGACAUUCUCUAAUCUUUUCUUCUCAGCCUUCGCCAGCAACACAAUGGCUCAUUCUUAUGGAACUCUCGUGGUGACUCUGCUGAUCGCAUCUUUCGCGUCACACGCGCUCGCUGGCUUCAUGGGCGGGGCUUCAACCUUCGCACCAGCUGCGGGAGCGCUCAUCAAGGCAUGGAACAAGGCCAAGCCGGGCGUCGCGCAGGACGUCGUCGCCUACGACUCCGUGGGAUCCGGCACGGGAAUCACGGGCUUCAACAGCGGCACCUACCUCAUCGCCGUCUCCGACGACCCCAUGACCGCCGCGCAGGAGGGUGCCGGCUUCUCCGCCAGCCCCGGCAAGAUCACCGUGCCGCUGUGCGUCUCCACCUUCAGCUUCUUCUACAACGGGAAGCCCGGCCUUGUGCUGACGGCCACCCAGACGUACCAGAUCUACAGCGCCGCGAUCUCCUCGUGGGGGGCCGUUCCCGGCGCAGUGGGCAAGGUUGCAGGCGCCAUCACUCGCGUCGGUCGUACAUCGCAAAGUUCCCCCCUUUUUUUUUGUGUGCUCGCGGGUUGUUGAGGCCACUUGUCAGGCAGCCAACCCCUCAGUUUCAAUCGGAAAAUUUCCACCCUGCAAUUUGACGGCGAUUCGCCUGCGCAAUUUCGCAGGUGCAUUACAGGCCGAUUUCGGAUAGUUUUCAACCCGUUAUAUCACAAAAUGCAUUAUUGGACUUCAAAUUCACUAUUUUAGUCCUAUGUGUAUAUACAAAUUUAUACAAAACUUGGUUGUGCUGUACUG